GCAGCGGAUUGCUGUCAUUGUGGGGAGUGUUUUGCAGUGUUAUUAUUUUAUGAAAUCAACAAAUUGUAUUAUUUAAACUUAUUAAUUCUAAUAAUUACCAACUGUGAAUCAUUAUAACUAACGAUGUGGUAAUUGUUAGUACAUAGUGUGUAGAAACAGAUAAGUUUAAUAACUUCCUGUGGUCAAUAGUUUUUUGUUUGACCAAUUAUCGGUUGAUAAAUCAUGUCUGUGAGCGAAAAAGUGUCUUUAUCGGAUGCCCUGAGCAAUGUUGAUGUGUUGGACGAGCUCACUUUGCCUGAUGAGCAGCCGUGCAUAGAAGCGGCGCCAUGCUCGAUCCUGUACCAGGCGAACUUCGACACCAACUUCGAAGACCGCAAUGGCUUCGUCACGGGCAUCGCCAAGUACAUCGAGGAGGCCACUGUGCAUGCCAACCUGAACGAACUGCUAGAAGAAGGCAACGCGCACGCGGUGAUGCUGUACACCUGGCGAUGCUGCAGCCGCGCGAUACCUCAACCCAGGUCGAACGAGCAACCUGAUAGGGUGCAUAUAUACGAGAGGACGGUCCAGGUGUUGGCUCCUGAGGUGGAUAAGCUGUUGCAGUUUAUGUAUUUUCAGCGCAAAGCGAUAGAGCGUUUCUGCGGCGAAGUGCGACGCCUUUGUCACGCUGAGAAGAGAAGAGAUUUCGUCUCAGAAGCUUACUUGCUCACUCUGGGCAAGUUCGUCAACAUGUUCGCUGUGUUAGAUGAACUUAAAAACAUGAAGAGUUCAGUGAAGAACGAUUAUUCUACGUACAGGAGAGCCGCUCAGUUCCUAAAGGUGAUGUCGGACAGCCAGAGUCUGCAGGAGUCGCAGAAUCUAUCCAUGUUUUUAGCCACGCAGAACAAGAUACGUGACACUGUGAAGGAUGCUUUGGAGAAAAUCAACGGUUACGAAGACCUCUUGGCGGACGUGGUCAACAUAUGCGUGCAUAUGUAUGAAACGAAAAUGUAUCUCACGCCGUCCGAGAAACAUAUGCUGGUGAAGGUCAUGGGCUUCGGCUUGUUCUUAAUGGACUCCGAAGUGUGUAACAUUAACCGGCUCGAUCAGAAAAAGAAGAUCCGUUUGGACCGUAUCGAUCGGAUUUUCAAGAAUCUGGAGGUGGUCCCGCUUUUCGGCGACAUGCAAAUCGCUCCGUUCAAUUAUAUCAAGCGGUCGAAACACUACGAUCCUAGCAAAUGGCCUCUAUCUUCGAGCACCAAUCCUCCGUCUCCUCAAGCGGACCUGAUGGUCCACCUGCCUCAGAUCAGGGACGAGCAUCAGAACUACAUCUCUGAGUUGGCGCGGUACAGUAACGAGGUUACAACAACUUUCAAAGAAGCAGGCUCGGAUGCUGAAAACAAAGCCGUCACCGAGCUCUGCCUCCGAGGUCUUCAGCUGCUGUCCUCCUGGUGCUCUGUGCUGACGGAGCUGUGUUCGUGGAAGCUGCUGCAUCCGACAGACCACGCGAGCAACCCUCGCUGUCCGCCAACCGCCGAGGAGUAUGAGCGGGCGACACGCUACAACUACACUUCCGAAGAGAAGUUCGCCAUGAUCGAAGUGAUUGCUAUGAUCAAAGGCCUCCAAGUGCUGAUGGCCCGCAUGGAGACUGUGUUCGCGGACGCGGCGCGGCGCUCCAUAUACGCGGAGCUGCAGGACUUCGUGCAGCUUGCACUGAGGGAGCCGCUGAGGAAGGCGAUUAAAAACAAGAAGGAUUUGAUACGGAGUAUAAUAGUGUCAGUCCGAGAAACUUGUGGUGACUGGGCGCGCGGGUGCGAGCCGCAACAGGACCCCGCGCUGCGAGGGAAGAAGGACGGGGAGGCGAGCUUCACCAUCAAAGUGCCGCGGAGGAAUGUCGGACCUUCAUCGACCCAGCUCUACAUGGUGCGAACCCAGCUCGAAGCUCUCAUCUCGGACAAGUCCGGGGGCCGACGGACGCUGCGCAAGGACCUGGACGCCGCCACACUGCACCAGAUCGAAAGCUUCCAUCGCACCAGCUUUUAUUGGACAUACCUGCUGAAUCUACCUGAUUCCCUAGCGAAAUGCUGCGAUCUAUCUCAGUUGUGGUAUAGGGAGUUUUAUUUAGAAAUGACAAUGGGAAAGAAAGUAAAUAAAUGCACAGUCCGCCACCAGCACAACGAGGAGUGCAACGACUUAGUAACCAUGGAGAAGCGGAUUCAGUUCCCGAUUGAAAUGUCCAUGCCUUGGAUCCUCACUGACCACAUACUGCGCACCAAAGAACCGGCGAUGAUGGAAUAUGUCCUUUACCCGCUGGAUUUGUACAACGAUUCUGCGCAGUACGCGCUUACAGUGUUCCGGAAACAGUUCCUGUACGACGAAGUGGAAGCGGAAGUGAAUCUGUGCUUCGAUCAGUUCGUAUACAAACUGUCCGAACAGGUGUACGCGCAUUACAAACAACUGGCGGCGAGCAUGAUGCUGGACAAGCGUUACCGCGCGGAGUGCGCGACUCGCGGCGCGAGCACGGGCUGCGGCGCGGGGCGAUACGCCUCGCUGCUGCGGCAGAGGCACGUCGCGCUGCUUGGCCGCCACGUGGACCUGUGCGCGCUGGUGGCGCAGCGCAUCAACGCGGACAUGCACCGCGCGUUGGACGCGGCUGUGGCCAAGUUCGAAGCUGGCGACAUCACUGGUGUGGUGGAAUUAGAAGGCCUCAUAUCAGUAAAUCGACUUUGCCACAAGCUCCUCAGUCGUUACCUGGCCCUGGAUGACUUUGACGCGAUUUUGCGGGAAUCAGACCACGGAGUGUUGGCUCCGUACGGACGCAUCACGCUUCACGUGUUCUGGGAGUUGAACUACGAUUUCCUACCCAAUUACUGCUACAACGCAGCCACGGCUAGAUUCGUGAAGUGCAAAGGCAUUCAGUUUGGAGCGAACGUGCAGCGCGAGAGACCGCAGCAGUACGGACACGCGCUGCUGUGGGGCUCCAAGCAGCUCAGCCUCGCGUACUCGGCGCAGUACGCUCAGUACAACGGAUUCGUGGGUGCACAGCACCUCCACGCCCUCGUGCGGCUGCUGGGCUACCAAGGAGUGGCGGUGGUGGUGUCGGAGCUGCUGGGGGUGGCGCAGGGGCUGCUGCACGGCACCAUCGCGCAGUUCACCAGGGCGCUCGCCGCCGCCAUGCCGCGACACUGCAAACUACCCAGAUACGACUACGGGUCGAACGGAGUCCUCGGUUACUACCACGCUCAGCUGACCGACAUAGUACAGUACCCAGACGCAAGAACCGAGUUAUUCCAUGCGUUCAGGGAACUGGGGAAUAUAAUACUGUUCUGCAUGCUUAUUGAGCAGGCGCUGAGCCAAGAGGAAGUAACAGAUUUACUUCACGCGGCACCGUUCCAGAACAUUCUGCCGCGUCCGUACACUGCAGAGGGUGAAAAACCAGAGACAAAGCAGAAACGUCUCGAAGCGAAGUACGCCGCAUUGCAGAUCGUGCAGAAUGUAGACAAAUACGGAACAGCUAAGCAAGGGCAGCUGUCGCGCGAGGGCGACCUGCUGACGCGCGAGCGGCUGUGCUGCGGGCUGUCGCUGUUCGCGGUGGUGCUGCGGCGCCUGCGCGGCGUGCUGUGCGCGGCGGCGUGGCCCGCGCCCUCCGCCACGCACCACCACGCGCCGCUGCACACCGACGACACCAACGAGUUCCACCGGUUGUGGUCGGCACUGCAGUUCCUCUACUGCAUCCCCGUGGGUGAAACGCAGUUCACUGUAGAGGAGCUAUUUGGUGAGGGUCUCCACUGGGCCGGGUGCACCAUCAUAGCGCUCCUGGGCCAACAGAGGCGGUUCGAGGCGCUGGACUUCUGCUACCACAUCCUGAGGGUCCAGCGGGUUGACGGGAAGGACGAGCUGGUCAAAGGCAUUCCGCUGAAGCGCAUGGUGGACCGCAUCCGCCGGUUCCAGGUGCUGAACUCGCAGAUCUUCGGCGUGCUGGCGCGCCACCUGGCGGCGGACGACGAGCGCGCCGGCGUCGAGCACGUGCGCUGCUUCCCGCCGCCCGCCGCGCCGCAGCACCAGCUCGCCUGAACACCUGCACACCUACAUACACACCUACACUCAUACACUCAUACACACCUGCACUCAUACACUCAUACACACCUGCACUCAUGCACACCUGCACUCAUACACUCAUACACACAACACUCGUAUCACUCCUGAGGCUAGUUAGUCUUCGAUCCACUCAAAAUGUCUGUAACGAUUGACGUAUAUUCUAUAGACACGAACGUCCAUAUAAACUAUUUGUUCAAAAUCUGAACUAAAAUGGAAAACAAAACGUCACUGUUAUAACCUAUUUAUUCACUUGAACAACAAAUAAUUUUACUUAUUUGACUAAUAUUUUUAUUCACAUCCAGGUUUACACUUAGACUCGAGUUGUUAUAUCAUGUGUGCCACUCCGUACACAACCACAAGCUGUCAAUAUUGACCAUACUAAAGUCAGUUUGAAUGGAUAUCAGUUCAAUUCAGUUGAACACAGUGAAUGUUCAGAACGCCAGAUCUAGUACGCAGUACAUAUAUAUCGAUGUCACCAUGUCAUGUGUAACACAGUAACCAUGUCGAUAUAACAAUGAAUAGUUGUAUUAAACGUUUGUGCGGGUCGAACAGCGCCCCGAGGGCGUGUUUAGAACUAAAACACGACGUGAACAUCGCGCGACUUAACUUUGAACAGUAAGUUGUAUACGGGAUGUACACGAAUGCUGCUUGUAAGAUAUAUUUUAUAUCCCGGAUAGCGACCAUACACAGGGUGUUAAAACCCGCCAUAGUGGCCCACGUGAGCGUUCCAAGAUCAGCCUGUGUAUAUCCGGUGCUAACAGGCCGGCAUAAUUGUGCCGAGGGGCGAUUAUCGCUCAUCAGUCGACAUACUAUUGGACCCUACUCCACUUACCAACAGAGGUCACUUUGCCACUGGUAUAAAAAAAAUGCACUUUAUUCAUGCGACAUUAUCAGGAGACAAUUAAGGGAUGAGGUUAUUGACCCCCUCCCUUCCUUGUGCCUACCGCAUAUUCCAGUAAAAUGGUAGUAAUAAAGUAAAGUACAGUCGCGCCUCGGAGCUGACACCUUUGCUAACAUUUGCUGAUAAGACAUAAAUAUUUAUAAUGCGAAGUACAGAAGCUAUUUAGUGAUGGUGUUUGAAAAUAUUU